AAAAUUCGAAAUUUGAUGAGCGAUAUUUUGAAUGGCCUGGUGGCGCUCCACAAAUACAGCUUCUAUCUGCAAGUGUUUGGAGCUGCCCUCGUUUUCAUACUUGUGUCAAUUUUGUUACUUCUGUUUCUUGGCGAGCUGCGGGAUGAACCGAGGAAUAUCAGCUGCAUUGUGGCCAUCUCCCUCAUUAGCCUUGGCCUUAUCCUGUUCAAUGUUUAUGUGAAUAUGCUUCGUCUACGUCGCAAGUUUCCGGCUAACUGGAUAUUUUGCUGCACGAUUGCAUUGUUGCUGGCCCUGGGAAAUGCCUGUCUAUUACCCGCCCAGGAUGGCGAAGAUUAUGUUUGGGUCUUGGAAGUCAUGGCAUUGAUUUGUUUCUAUCUCCUGAUCGGACUCUGGCUACCGCCGCAAUGUCCUCCCAUGCUCUACAUUGCUCUGACGUCUUUCAUUGUCUGCGUUGUGGUCUUCUUCUGUCUGCUCUUCAUGUACCGUUGUUGUGCGGAAUGUAAUAUCCUUAUCUAUACCAUAGAUGCCACUUUGUGGGUCUUCAUGUGCCCGAUAAUGCUCUUCCAGGCUCAAGUUAUUCAUGGCCAUCAACAGACAAUACUGCCCUUUUUGGACAUUCCCCUCUGUUCUGUGCUUCUGCUGAUCGAUUUCCUCACCUGCUAUACAUUCCUCACCGGCAUCAAUGACAUGAUCAUGGCGACCGACAUAUUCUCCGCUUCCAACACAAAAAUGAUCAUCGAUGUAGCCUCAUUCUACAGCACAUAGCAAUCGUUGUCACAGUAUCCAAAUUAAAUCGUUCAUGUACAAAUUAAUCUAGUCUACCAGAUCCUAGGGAUCCUCAAUUCACAAGUCUGAUGUUUGCAAGUUACUGGAAACUAUCGUAAUAAUAAUACAAAUUUGUACCGAAAAAUAAAUAAAGUUGUCUAAUAAAUUAAGAA